AUGGGGGGUCUGAAGUCCUGGGCCCGAUACGGGUUCCUGCUUGUGGGCCACCUGCUGGCCCUGGGGCUUGGGGCGGCCGUAUUCCAAGCCCUAGAGGGGCCUCCAGCCCGCCAGCUCCAGGCCCAGCUGAGAGCUGAGCUGGCCACCUUCCAGGCAGAGUUCGGGGCCUGCCUGCCACCCAACACCCUGGAGGGGCUGCUGGAUGCCGUCCUGGCAGCCCAGACCCACGGGGUCUCCAGCCUGGGCAACAGCUCAGAGGCCAAGAACUGGGACCUGCCUUCAGCCCUGCUCUUCACUGCUGGUGUCCUCACCACCACGGGUUAUGGCAAUACCGCCCCACUCUCAUGGGGUGGCAAAGUCUUCUGUCUGGUCUAUGCGGCUCUGGGACUACCGGCCUCGCUAGCAGUGGUGGCCGUGCUGCGCCAUCACCUGCUCCCUGUGCUCAGCCGCCCGGGGGCCUGGGCAGCAGCACGUUGGCAGCUGGCGCCAGCCCGGGCUGCGCUACUGCAGGCCACUGGGCUGGGCCUGCUGGUGGGCGGCAUCUUCAUGCUGCUGCCAGCGGUGUUGCUGUGGCAGCUACAGGGCGGCGGCAGCCUGCUGGGGGCAAUCUACUUCUGCUUCGACUCGCUCAGCACCGUCGGGUUUGAGGAACUGCUGCCUGGUCGCGGUCGCAACCUGAAUCCCGUGAUAUACCACCUUGGCCAGCUGGCUCUGCUAGGGUACAUGCUCCUGGGGCUCCUGGCCAUGCUGCUGACGGUGGAGACCUUCGUGGAGCUGCCGCAGGUUCGUGCCCUGGUGGGCUUCUUCGUGCCCAGCAGCCCUCCAAUCGCCGAGGACCAAGGUGGCAUCGUCGGGCAGGAUGAACUAGCUCUGCGCACAGUGUCUUCGUCGUCGUCGAUGUCGUGCACCGCGCCGCCCGCAGCCCCCGCCCGAGAGCAAGCUCCAGCUUGCUGAAAGUUGUCAGCAGCUCGUUUGGCUUCUUCAAGGUGCAGGCGCGGGGGCGGCUGUGCAAUGUUCAGCUAGUGGGGGAAGCUUCUGGAAACAGAGGCAGGGUCAGCUGUGCAGGCCUCGGGGAAUAGUAUAGCAGUAGAGUAAUAAAAGGGGCCACAAUUCCAAUUGUU